AAAUUUGAAAAUUGAUAUUUAUGACAUUACUUGAGAGCCUCAAACUCACCUCAUCUCUUAGAAAGGAUAUAUUAAUGGGUUUGCAGGCGUCAACUAGGUUGAUGAUAACUAACAUCGGAAUUAAGAAGCUAGAGACACCACCAGUCGAGUAACCAACAAAAGCAUGUGAAAAAAAAAGGAAAACGUUGCAGUGGCUGCUUAGUCGGGGCGUCAUACAAUCAAUGUGGAUUUUUUUUUGGAUGUGCUGUUGGAUGUUUCUUUCUCAACUAGCAAACUAAUGCGGUGUGUUCAUGUUCUGCGCAGCCAUACCUGCUGGAAGAGAAGAUUGGAAUUUGGAAUCAGAGAAUCAAGUUCUUCGCCAACAAGCUGUCUCAAUGGCAUCAAAUAAGUUUGUGUCCAGUCGCCAAAGAUCAAUGCUUCAGGAUUUGUAUAGCCCCUCCAAGAAUCAUAGAAAAGGCGAAGUAGAAGAGAAGCCACAAAAAUUCCUUAACGAGAAACAACAGGAGAAUCAGGAAUUGCUUAUUCGAUGUAUAGCACUGCCUCUGGGUUUUGCAGGGAACAGACCUAUAGCUAGCUGCCUGCAUAAUAUACAAAUGCCUUCUUCAUUGGAGAUCGUUUGAAGUGGAUCGAACUAGUAUCUUUGACCGAUUAAUACAAACAAUUGGUCAUGCUAUUGAGGUUUGUAUUCUUUGAUGCUAUGUUGGUAUGGAUGCUAUAGCUGUCGGCUACAAGCCUACCAGUGUUUGUACAUAUCCGAUUGUCUGGCAUGUCAAGGAUCAGUUUUUUUUUUUUUUUUUUUUUUUUUUUUUUUUUUUUUUACAUGGAGAUACUAGGGCAAGGACCUCUUUAUGAAACAUAAUCCUUACGACCUGUUUGAUUGUUGGGAUUAAACAGUGGGAAUGGGAAUGAGCUUAUAAUUUAUCUUAUAUAGGGAAGAACUCUUGAAAUCUCUGUGGAAAGUCAAUUUGCUCACAAGUCUCGAACUUCUCCAUGGGGACAUUAUUUUGCCCCUCAAGUUUCAUUACCACUCAUUACCAUUUUGAGGAGUGAUAUUGUGUGGGAAUGAAAAUUUAAGAAGAAAAAUGGGCCUUUUGGGAUGAAAUGACAUUCCCAUGAGAAUGAACAUGAAAUUUUUUCACAAAUUUACAUACAAAUUCAUUCUCAUUACCACCAUUUACUACCAACAACCAAACGGGCCGUUAAUGUCAUAGACUUAUAUGUGUGCCUUCACUCUACAAGCACAAAAUCACUUUCCAAGUUGACUUGUGUACUAGGUCCCAUUCAUUGCUUCAGAAAAAGGAGGAAAAAAAAAAGGUCCUGUUCAUACAAUGAUGUUAAACCCAUUAGUGACUGUAUAUCACAUA